AUGAGUCUUCAUAAUUAUUUUAAUUUUUUUUCUUUUUCAAAAUGCAUAAACAGCGUCGUUUAUCUCCAGCCCUCUCAAAUCAAUGCCCAAUAUCUGUUAUUCACUAUUUAUUUGCUUAUAGAAUAGUAAUCUAAUCGUAUGCAGUUUCUUCAACCAUAAUAUGUAGUUCCUUAGCAGCCAUAAUAAUAUUGCUAAUAGCCAAUCGUUCUUAAAACUGAAGAAUUGAGACCUAUUAUUCAAUAACAUCAUUAAUAUAGAGAAAAAGAUAAAGAAAAUUUAAAUCCAAAAUCAUUCUAAUCUGGCAGACUUAUAAGUUAACAUGAUACUCCCUAACAUUCAUAAAGAUCAUUAUAAUAAAUCCCUGUUGGAGCAUUCCAAUCUCAAACAUCUAAUGAAGCCUAAAUUAACAAUUAAGAGAAGAAUGUUAAAGAUGUUUGA